UAUUUACAGUUAUGCAUCCAAGAUUUACCGCGUGCAGUCUUUUAUCUCUCUCCCCCAUUAAGUCUUUAUGUUUCAAGAACUACUCUAGUCUCUCUCUCCCCAAUCUCUCUCCCUCUGUCCCUCUGUCCCUCUCCUCUCUCACAAUCUCUCUCCCUCUCUCUCUCAGUCUCUCCCAAUCUCUCUCCCUCUCUCUCACUCUCUCCCAAUCUCUCUCCCUCUCCCUCACUCUCUCCCAAUCUCUCUCUCCUCUCUCUCCUAAUCUCUUUCUUUUUCUCUCUGCUAAUCUCUCUCCUCUGUCUUUAUCUAUAAAUCUCUCCCGUUCUCUGCACACUCUGCAUUAAUACCUGUCUCUCUCUUUUCAAGAAACCAACAAAACUGCAAGAAAAUUAAAUCUCUCUCCAUGGCAUUCAAGAACCUCUCCUACCUCAUCAUUCUCAUCUCUCUCUAUCUCUCCCUCUCUCUCUCCAAACCCCACCGCAACACCCACCCUCCCCCCACCCCCUCACCACCCUCUCCCACUUACCCUAACCCCCAAGAAACCUCUCCAGCCCUAGGCCAGUGGGCCCUACUCCAAAAAUCCAUAGGCAUCUCCGCCAUGCACAUGCAACUCCUCUACAACAACAAGCUCAUCAUCUUUGACCGCACUGACUUCGGCCUCUCCAACCUCUCCCUCCCCUCCGGCAAAUGCCGAUACAACGACGAGAUCAUCGACAUCGACUGCACCGCGCACUCGAUAUCUUACGACGUGGCCUUAAACACCUAUAGGCCACUCAUGGUGCAAACAGAUUUUUGGUGCUCAUCUGCCGCCGUGUUCCCCGACGGAACCCUACUUCAGACCGGCGGGUACCUCGCCGGAGCUAAAAAGAUCCGGCAGUUCUCCCCGUGCGACGACGAACAAUGUGACUGGAUUGAACUUGAGCAGAACUUAACCGUGCAAAGAUGGUAUGCAUCGAAUCAAAUACUCCCGGAUGGGAGGAUCAUAAUUGUCGGUGGCAGAAGGGCUUUUAGCUACGAGUUUUUUCCGAAAAAUCAAGAAAAUGUAACGUUAAAUGGAGAUUUUUAUCUUAAGUUCUUGCGAGAAACUAGUGAUUUUCAAGAGGAGAACAAUCUUUAUCCGUUUUUGCAUGUUUUACCGGACGGAAAUCUUUUUAUUUUCGCGAACCAACGGUCCGUUUUAUUGGAUUAUACGAAUCACCGGGUACUUAAAGAGUACCCGGUGAUUCCCUUAGCGAAAAGAUCGUACCCUGCUACAGGGUCAUCAGUUUUGCUGCCCUUGAAGUUAAAGGCAGGAGAGGCUUUCCCUGAAGCUGAGGUCAUGAUUUGUGGUGGGUCCUACGGUGGGGCCUACUUGAAGGCCCGGGUUGGUGAGUACGUGGCAGCUUCGAAUUCUUGUGGGCGGUUAAAAGUUUCGGAUCCGGAUCCUAAAUGGGUCAUGGAGGAAAUGCCCAUGGGGCGGGUUAUGCCGGAUAUGUUGUUGGUCCCUACCGGGGAUGUGGUUAUUUUAAAUGGAGCGGGUCGGGGCACGGCCGGGUGGGAGAGGGCCGAAGAUCCGGUUUUGUACCCAAUUUUGUUCUCGAAUGACGUGGAGGACCCGAAAAAAAGAUUUACUGUGCUGAACCCUACUAUAAUAGCAAGAAUGUAUCAUUCUGCUGCUACAUUGUUGCCAGAUGGUAGAAUUUUGGUAGGUGGUAGUAAUCCUCAUAUUCAGUAUAAUUUCAGUAAUGUGAAGUACCCUACUGAGUUGAGCUUAGAGGCCUUUUCACCCCCUUAUCUUGCAGCUGAUUUAAGGCACUUGCAGCCCUCGAUUAUUUCGGUUGAGUAUCCGACAGACUAUGGUCAGCAGUUUUCUGUGAUGUUCUCAUUAGGACAGGAUGUUAAGACUGGAGUGAUCAAUGUAGUAAUGAUAGCACCUUCCUUUACGACGCACUCUUUUGCAAUGAAUCAGAGGUUGUUAGUGUUGGAUUCCUCAGACGUGCAGCAGUUGUCGGAUGUUGCUUAUAAGGCUACUGUUUCUGCCCCUUCAUCGCGGAAUGUGGCACCUCCUGGUUAUUAUAUGUUGUUUGUGGUGAAUGAGGGUGUUCCGAGUCAUUGUGUGUGGAUUAAGAUGAAUGUAUAGAGAGGAUUAGUCUUCUUUUUGUUGGAAAACUAUAGAGUUGAACAUAAUUUGUACUGCAAUAGUGCAAUGGAUUGAGGUUUGAGUUAUCAGUUCAUUUAAUUAUAUCUUUAUUAAUUGCUUGUAAUGUAUUAAUGAUGAUGUGAUGAAGAAUCUGUAUUAUAUGGCAUUUUACAGUUGA